AUGAUCAAGGAACUGUACCAGCCGACGGAACCGAAGUCCCAUCGACCGAGCUACGCCAACCAGGCGGUUCUGCUUAGUAGCGCCAAGUGGGAGCAGAUGUGGAAGAAGGUCACCAAUCCGACCGACAAGGAGACGGAGGUGCUCUGCCAGCAGGAGCGCGAGUUUCGCGAGUAUCUGAAGAACGGCUCGAAGAAGAUGACCAGCACCUGGGAGAACACGGUGCAGAACAUCCGCGACAAGAAGGAGGCGGAACGGUUGCGCCGCGAUAAGGCCAAGGUGGAGGAAGAUCAACGCUAUUAUCGGGAGCUGAAAGCGGCGGACGAGAUCAAGCGUAAGGAACUGAUUCAGAAGGCGGAGGAUCUCAUCCAGAAGGACAAGGUCGGCCCAAGGGUGCUGGAGAGUGCGGCCAAGUUCUGCGAGGUGCUGCGAGGUCGUGAGUUGCAGCGUCAGUUUCGCCAUGACCAGGACCGGAUGCAGCAGGUGCGUAAGCAAUCGGUCGACCAGCAGACGACCGCCCUCGGCAACCACUGGCUGAAGUCGCACGGCGAGCGGCUGCUCGAGGAUCGUCAGCGGUUCGACGACUACAAGCGCGAGCUGAAGCAGACGAUGGUGGCGAAUCAGCAAGCGGCACGGCAGCGGAAGCAGGACCUGAUCGCCGAGGAGCUGGCCAGCCUGGAGGUGAUCGAGAGCGAGAUGCGGGCCCAGCAGGAGCGCGAGCGGCAGGCACAGGAGGCGAGCAAGGAAAUGCGGCGGCUGAGUGCCCUCGAGGCGAUACGAAUGGCGGAGGAUAGACGCACCCGGCUGCGGCGCGAAACCGAGAUCGAGGACGCACUGAUCCAGAUCUACACCGAGGGUCAGCAGAACAUCGCCGGCUUCCGGCAGGGUGUGCACGUGACCAAACAUCGAUUCCGGGACAACUCACAGCAGCUGAAGGAAGCGCUUGAGAGGCAGCGUGCGGCAUUGGCUCAGGAGGAGCGCAACCUUCAGCGGGCGGCCGAGGAGAAGGACCGACGGGCGUCGCAACGAGAGCGCGAGCAGGGUGAACAGCAACGUCAGCUAAAGGCGGCCCGAAUCCAGGCUCACUUGGACGAGAUCGAAUGGCAGAGGCAGCGCGAGGCGGAGGAGGCCGUCCUGACGCGACGUGAGUACGAGGAGCGCCUCAAGAACGUCGAUGUGACGUUCGGGUUCGACCGGCGAAAGGUUGCGGACCAGACGGUGCGGGCACACACCCAACGUCGGCUGCUGUUGGACCAGAUCGGCGAGAAGGAAACCCGCGAGCGACGGGAGGCGGACACGACGGCCGAGCUGCGCUACGCCAAGGAUAAUGCGGAGCGCGAGAACAAACACUUCCUCCAGUACGCCCAGGACCUGAUCAGCGACGCCAAGGUGAAGGGACGUCCGAUUCUGCCGCUGCUGAAGACGGUGCAGAGCUACCGGAAGGAGCACUUCCACGACUUCAAGGACGCCGACGUCGUCCCGCAGCACCUACUGUCGCGCGUCCCCAUCAACAACAAGCUGAUGGAGCAGGGCGUGCUGGACGCCAUGCCGCCGCGUCAGCGGGCCCUCGUCAUACUGAAGCGAAGUCCGCUUCCGGUGCGGCUCGGUGGCGCGGAGCUGCUAUCGGCCAUCGGAGCGACGCACGUCGAAACGUCGAAGGAUAAAAAUAACGCCACCGAAGAUAACGGCGCCCCGCACGAGGCGGACGGGCAGGGGCCUGACGAGAAGCAAGACGCAAGAAGCUUGAUUAUGUAA